CCGAAAACACGUCUUUUCCGCCGCCGUUUUCCGCCUGCCAUGCCUCCCGGACCGCCGCCACCGCCGCCACGCCCCGACGCACGUGGCCGCCGCGCGCCGCCGCCACCGCCGCCGCCGCCAGGCCUCGCCGCCAGCCGGCCCUCCACCACGCUUCCCCAGGUCUCUUUGGGGCGCCUUCCAACAGGCGUUCCAGCGCCGCCCAUGGCGCCCGGCACGGCCGCCCAAGCCCGGGCACGGCCGCCGCCGCCGCCGCCGCCGGGCGCCCAGCCGGCGCGCAAAAUCGCGCGCAAAAACGGCCCAAAUCCGGCCCCGUUGGACCCGGCGCUCCUAGAAACACGCAAGCAGGCGUGGUUGCACGCACAGAAACAGCGGCACGGCGCCGGCGGCUCGGCGCGGCCGCGGCGCAGCCGGCCCGCGCAGGCCGCCAUGCCGCCCGAGCACCUCCGCAAGAUCAUGCGCGACCACGCGGAUCUCUCCAGCAGGAAGAUCGCCGGCGACAAGCGGGCGCACCUCGGCGCACUCAAGUACGUGCCGCACGCGCUCCUCAAGGUGUUGGAGAACAUGCCCGCGCCCUGGGAGGCGGCGCGCGACGUGGCCGUGGUGUACCACACGUCCGGCGCGCUCACGUUGGUGGACGAGGUCCCGCGCGUGGUGGAGCCCGUGUACACGGCGCAGUGGGCGGCGUGCUGGGCGCAGAUGCGGCGCGAGAAGCGCGACCGGCGCCACUUCAAGCGCAUGCGGUUCCCGCCGUUUGACGACGACGAGCCGCCGCUCGACUGGGCCGACCACUUGGACGGCGCGGACGUGCCGGACGCCAUUGAGAUGGGGCGCGACGACGUGUAUGGGGGGGGCUCUGGGGCGCCCGAGGCCGCGGUUCUGGGGGUCUCCAAGACACCCGAGGCCGCGCUCGCCAGCGUGCUCGACUGGCUCCACGACGACAAGCCGCUCCUCGACACGCCGGCCGCCGGCGCCGUCAACGGCCCCUCCUACCGCACGUGGCACUUGCGCCUCGAGGCCAUGGCCGCGCUCUACGACUUGGCGCGCCCGCUCCUCCCGCACGUCUCGGACGCCAACUACUACUACCUCUUCGACCGGCGCGCGUUCUUCACCGCCAAGAGCUUGAACGUGGCGGUGCCAGGCGGGCCGCGCUUCGAGCCGCUCGUCCGCGCCGCCGCAGAGCCCGACUACACCGGCUUCGACGCGCUCGACCGCGUGGUGUUCCGCGUGCCCAUCCGCCCCGCGUACCGCGUGGCGUACCCGUUCUUGUUCAACUCGCGCGUGCAAGCCGUGCACGUGCCGUGGUUCCACGAGCCGCUCGCCUGCUACGUGCCGCGGCCCGCACGCGGCCAGGCGCCGUUCGUGUUCCCCGACGCCUUCCACCCGAUCGACCCGCCCGCGUUUUGCACCUCGCACGCAGAGGCCGCGUUGGUGCCCUUCGCCGUGGACGAGCUCGCCGUGCCGCCGCACUUCGCGCCGCUCUUGGCCCGCUCCGCCGCGGGGCCCGUGCCCUUGGCGCCGCCCCACACCGCGGCCGCCUUGGCCUUGCUCUGGGCGCCGUUCCCGUUCAACCGCCGCGCCGGCCGCACCGUGCGUGCGCAGGACGUGGCGCUCGCCAAGGCCUGGUACAAGGAGCGCCCGCCCGCGGGCGUGCCCGCCAAGGUGCGCGUGUCGUACCAGAAGCUCCUCAAGCGCCACGUGCUCACCGAGCUCCACAACCCGCCGGGCGCGCGGCCGCCGCUGGCCAACCACCACCGGCCCGGCCUUCUCCGCAGCUUGAAGGCCACCCGGUACUUCCAGCAGACCACCAUCGACUGGGUCGAGGCGGGUCUCCAGGUGUGCCGCCAGGGCCACAACAUGCUCAACUUGCUUCUCCACAAGCGCGGGCUCACGUACCUCCACCUCGACUACAACUUCAACUUGAAGCCCACCAAGACCUUGACCACCAAGGAGCGCAAGAAGUCGCGCUUCGGCCACGCGUUCCACUUGGUGCGCGAGCUCUUGCGCGUGCUCAAGAUCAUCGUGGACUCCCACGUGCAGUUCCGCUUGGGCAACGUCGACGCCUACCAGUUGGCCGACGGCAUCCACUACAUCCUCAACCACCUCGGCCAGUUGACGGGCAUCUACCGCUACAAGUACAAGGUCAUGCACCAGAUCCGCGCCUGCAAGGACCUCAAGCACGUCGUGUACUCCCGCUUCAACAAGUCCAUCGGCAAGGGCCCCGGCUGCGGCUUCUGGCAGCCCGCCUGGCGCGUGUGGCUCGCGUUCAUCCGCGGCACCAUCCCCAUGCUCGAGCGCUGGUUGGGCAACUUGUUGGCCCGCCAGUUCGAGGGCAGGCGCGCCAACGACGUGGCCAAGACCGUCACCAAGCAACGCAUCGACUCCUACUACGACCUCGAGUUGCGCGCGCAGGUCAUGCACGACAUCAUGGACAUGAUCCCCGACGGCUUGAAGCAGAACAAGUCUGCCUUGGUUCUCCAGCACUUGAGCGAGGCCUGGAGAUGCUGGAAGGCAAACAUCCCCUGGAAGGUGCCCGGCUUGCCGGCGCCCAUCGAGAAAAUCAUCGAGCACUACAUCAAGGGGAAGGCCGACGGCUGGAUCUCCAUAGCCCACUACAACAGAGAGCGCAUCCGGAGGGGCGCCACGGUCGAGAAAACCGUCGUCAAGAAAAACCUAGGCCGUCUCACCCGGUUGUGGAUCAAGAACGAGCAGGACAGACAGCUCGACUUCGCCAAAAACGGGCCCUUCGUGUCUCCAGACCAGGCCGUCAUUGUUUUCCAGACCAUGGUGCACUGGCUAGAGAGCAGGCGCUUCAGCCCCAUCCCUUUCCCUCCGAUUUCCUACAAGCACGACACCAAGCUCCUAGUCCUUGCCCUCGAGAACUUGAAGGAGAGCUACAAUGCCAACUCCAGGCUCAACUCGGCCCAGAGAGAGGAGUUGGCGCUAAUUGAGCAAGCAUACGACAAUCCGAACGAGUGCUUGGCCCGCAUCAAGAAGUAUCUUUUGACCCAACGGAUAUUCAAAGAAGCCGGCUUGGAAAUGAUGGACCACUACAGUCAUUUGGUCCCUACGUAUGCUAUCGACCCACUCGAGAAAAUCACUGACGCUUACCUCGAUCAGUACUUAUGGUACGAGGCUGACAAGAGACAGUUGUUCCCCAACUGGGUCAAGCCCUCAGACGACGAGAUUCCCCCAUUAUUGGUUUACAAGUGGUGUCAAGGAAUAAACAACCUUGACAACGUGUGGUGCACGGCGGACGGUGAAUCAAAUGUCAUGUUCCAAACCUCGUUGAGCAAGUUCGCCGAGAAUAUCGACUUCACAAUCUUGAACAGACUCAUAAGAUUGAUUGUUGACCCCAAUAUCGCAGACUACAUCACCUCGAAGAAUAAUAUCGGGCUCUCGUACAAAGACAUGAACCAUGUCAACCAAUUGGGCUUGAUUCGUGGACUUCAGUUCUCGUCAUUUGUAUACCAAUACUACGGGUUGAUCAUCGAUUUGUUGAUUUUGGGUUUGGAAAGAGCCUCUGAAAUCGCCGGACCUGUACAUCAACCCAACGCGUUCAUGCAAUAUCAAGACAAAACCACCGAAACAGCCAGCCCCAUCAGAUUGUAUUUGAGAUACUUGGAUAAGAUUUAUGUGUUCUUCAGAUUCGAGCGUGAAGAAGCUGAGGGCCUCGUCCAAGAUUAUCUCACUGAAAACCCAGAUCCUAACUUUGAGAACCUGAUUGGUUACAACAACCAUAAAUGCUGGCCCCGGGAUUCAAGAAUGAAGCUCAUGAGGUCAGAUGUGAAUCUUGGAAAAGCCGUGUUUUGGGAAGUAUCAGGCAGGAUACCCUCGUCUUUCACAGAGAUGAGAUGGGAAGAUACUUAUGCGUCAGUCUACUCUCCUGAAAACCCAAACUUAUUGUUUUCUUUGUGUGGAUUUGAAGUCAGAAUUUUGCCCAAAUGUCGCAUGUUGGAAGAUACAUCUUCGCAAGAAGGUGUUUGGGACCUUGUAAAUCAAGAAACAAAGGCAAGAACAGCAAAAGCAUAUCUUCAGGUUUCCCAAGAGGAUGUUGAAAAGUUUGAAAACAGAAUUCGUCAAAUCCUCAUGUCGACAGGCUCCGCCACAUUUACGAAAACUGCAGCAAAGUGGAAUACGUCGCUUAUUGCUUUGUUCGCUUACUACAGAGAAGCCGUUGUGGCCACUGAGCCUUUGCUCGAUGUGUUAGUCAGAUGCGAAACAAAGAUUCAAAACAAAGUGAAGUCAGGCCUCAACUCCAAAAUGCCUUCCAGAUUCCCACCUGCGGUCUUUUACACUCCAAAAGAGCUUGGUGGGUUGGGCAUGCUUAGUGCGUCACACAUCUUAAUCCCAGCUUCGGAUUUAAAAUGGUCGAAGCAAACAGAUACGGGAAUUUCACAUUUCAGAGCGGGGAUGACCCACCAAGAAGGACGGAUGAUCCCUACGGUCUUCAGAUACAUCACAACAUGGGAAAACGAAUUCUUGGACUCUCAACGCGUGUGGGCAGAAUACACAAUCAAAAGGCAAGAAGCUGCCGAGCAAAACCGCCGUCUUACAUUCGAGGAUAUGGAGGCCAGCUGGGAUAGAGGCUUGCCGAGAAUAAGCACUUUGUUUCAAAAGGAUCGUCAAACCUUAGCGUACGAUAAGGGCCACAGAAUCAGGAGAGAAUUCAAGCAGUUUUCUUUGCCUCGAUACAAUCCUUUCUGGUGGACGAACAACCACCAUGAUGGUAAGCUUUGGAAUUUGUCUGCGUACAGAACUGAUGUUAUCCAAGCAUUAGGGGGCAUUGAAACAAUCUUGGAGCACACUCUUUUCAAGGGCACAGGUUUUGACUCUUGGGAAGGAUUAUUCUGGGAGAAGGCCUCAGGGUUUGAGGACUCCUUAAAAUUCAAGAAGUUGACCAAUGCUCAACGUUCUGGAUUGAGUCAGAUUCCAAAUCGUCGUUUUACAUUGUGGUGGUCGCCGACGAUCAAUAGGGCCAAUGUUUACGUUGGUUUCUUGGUGCAGCUAGACUUGACAGGAAUCUUUCUUCACGGAAAGAUCCCAACUUUGAAGAUCUCCCUCAUUCAAAUAUUCCGUGCGCACUUGUGGCAAAAAAUCCACGAAAGUUUGGUGCAAGAUCUUUGUCAGGUUCUUGAUAAGGAAUUGGAAGUGUUACGAAUCGAUACUGUCGAGAAACAGGCUAUUCAUCCCCGGAAGUCCUACAAGAUGAACUCAUCCUCAGCGGAUAUUGUUUUGUCAAGCACAUAUAAAUGGAAUGUGUCCAGGCCUUCCCUUUUGAAUGAUAAGAAUGACUCGUUUGACAAUGCGACGGCCUCGAAGUAUUGGAUGGAUGUUCAGCUCAGGUACGGCGAUUAUGACUCACACGACAUAUCCAGAUACACCCGGGCUAAAUUCUUGGAUUACACAACCGACAGUACCAGCGCUUAUCCGUCGCCAACAGGUGCCAUGGUGGGAGUCGAUCUUGCCUACAAUGUCUACGAUGUUUACGGAAAUUGGUUUAGUGGUAUGAAACCUUUGAUGCAAAAUGCCAUGAAGGAAAUCAUGAAAGCGAACCCAGCCUUGUACGUUCUAAGGGAACGCAUAAGAAAAGGCUUGCAAUUGUAUCAAUCCCAACCACAAGUUGCUCUUCUCAACUCUUCCAAUUAUGCUGAAUUGUUCAAUAACGAGACACAAUUGUUUAUCGAUGAUACAAAUGUGUACAGGGUGACAGUGCAUCGUACGUUCGAAGGAAAUCUUUCUACAAAACCAAUUAAUGGUGCAGUAUUCAUGUUGAACCCUAAAUCAGGCCAAUUAUUUUUAAAGAUCAUUCAUACGCUGGUUUGGGCUGGUCAAAAGAGGUUAGGUCAAUUGGCAAAAUGGAAGACAGCCGAAGAAGUUGCCGCAUUGGUGCGUUCAUUGCCAAGAGAAGAACAGCCUAAGCAAUUGAUUGCAACACGGAAAGGUGUUCUCGAUCCUCUCGAAGUCCACAUGCUUGACUUUCCUAACAUUUCUAUCCGUGCUUCUGAGCUUCAUUUGCCUUUCGCUUCCGCCUUGAAAAUCGACAAGUUGGCUGACGUUGUUUUGAAAGCAGGAGAACCACAGAUGGUACUCUUCAAUUUUUAUGAUGACUGGCUCCAGAGUAUAUCCUCAUAUACUGCCUUUUCCAGAGUGAUUCUCUUGCUUCGAGCAUUGGGUAUUAAUCAUGAAAGAACAAAUUUGAUUCUUCGGCCCGAUGCUAGCAUCACGACUCAGAGCCAUCAUUUGUGGCCGACUCUCUCUGACGAACAGUGGAUAGACGUGGAAACGCAAUUGCGCGAUUUGAUUUUGAAUGAUUAUGCUAAGAAAAAUAACGUCAAUGUUCAAUCAUUGACUCAAUCUGAGAUUCGUGACUUGAUUUUGGGGCAGGACAUUGUUGCUCCUUCUGCAAAAAGACAGGAAAUCGCUGAUGUGGAAAAAAGUACUAAACCAGAUACAGAGAUGGCUAACGCCAACAACCAAUUGACUGCUUUGAAAACCACCACGCAAAACAUUCAUGGGGAAGAAAUAACCACUAUCACAACCACGAACUACGAGCAACUGGAUUUCAGCUCCAAGAAUGAAUGGAGAAACAGAGCAAUUGCUGCGAACAAUUUGCACUUGAGGACCAAAAACAUAUAUGUCUCCUCAGAUGAUUUUGUUGACGAUGGUAGCAAUACAUAUGUCAUGCCAAAAAACCUCCUCAAGAAGUUUGUGCAGAUUUCGGAUACCAGAACCCGAAUUGGAGGUUAUAUUUACGGCUCGUCGCCUAAAGAUAACAAUCAAAUCAAGGAGAUUAAAGCAAUUGCGUUGGUGCCACAGCUUGGUUCAUCGCACUCUAUACAGUUUCCAACCGUUCUUUUCGACAAGUCAAAGAAUGAUCUAUUGCUGAAACUCGAACUUAUUGGCUGGAUACACACGCAAAGCCAUGACUUGAAUAUGAUGGGCCCGGUUGACGUUACUACUACUUCUAGUUUCAAGGUUAACAAUGAGCUGGUUUGGAGACAAGACAUGAUCUCAUUGACAGUUUCUCUCACGCCUGGGUCUGUGACAUUAACAGCAUAUACAAUGACGGAAGCAGGCUAUGAAUGGGGAUCUACUAACAAGGAUUUGGUUUCGAAUGCACCCGCUGGCUUCAGCCCUGCGUUCAGCCAAAAGAGGCAAUUAAUACUCACUGAUAGAGUUAUGGGUGCGUUUUUGUGUCCUGACGAUGGAAUUUGGAACCACUCGUUCAUCGGUCCCGUGUGGGAUCCGAACAGUGUGUACGACCUCAAGUUGGACAUACCGCUUCCAUUUUAUCAUGAGUUGCAUCGCCCGCUUCAUUUUACAAAUUUCACCGAAAUCGAGGGAAACCAGUUAGAGGCCACUCAAGAAAAUCACUUCUCGUGAUGAGCAUCAUGUAUAUAGGGUAAUUUCUUUCAAUUAGUAUCUGGAAUAAAGACUGAGCUGUACCACAUCACCAAUGGCGUACAGAGAUAACGUACUCGUCAAUUUCCAGGAGCAAUUUGCGAAGCUCACUUCUAGAAAUGUUUUCCCGUAGAAGAAGCAACUCUAAUGAAUUCUGAC